AUGGCAUUUGCCCGCGCUCUUGGUGUGAUUCAAUCUGUCGGUCGAGGCGCAGGAAUCAGUGAGCAGAGUGAGCUCUACGAUCGUGGUCAGACAUUCAGCAUUAACGGAAACAAUUAUCGAGUGGAAAAGGUAAUAGCCAAAGGCGGUUUUGGAACGGUGUUUCUUGCGACCAACACCAAGGGAAAACAAGUCGCCGUGAAGAUCAUGCUGAGCCACGAUGCAGCCGCGACGAAGGAUAUUGAUAAUGAAAUUGAUAUGAUGAAGAAGCUCCAACACGAAAAUAUUAUUCAACUGUUUGAUGCGUCAGCUGAAAGCAGAAGUUCAAAUCGGUCCGUGAAAGAGUACAAAAUAUCAAUGGAAUAUUGCAAAUUUUCAAUUGCGGAUGUGCUUCUCAAGUACAAAGAAGUCUCAAUUGACUUUGUCGUUCGCAUAAUCUACUUUACAACAAGAGCCCUAGUAUAUUUGCAUUCCGUCGGCGCCAUCCACCGAGAUAUCAAAGCAGAAAAUUUGCUUAUAAACGGAAAUGGAAAACUAAAACUAUGCGAUUUUGGAAGUGCUACAACAAAGUCCAUCGAGAUGGCACCACUAUCAAAUUCCGAAAGAUUAGCGGUUCAGGAAGAGAUGUUCAAAUACACAACACCUAUCACCCGAUCCCCAGAAGUUUGUGAUGUCUACUCAAAUUGGCCUAUCGGAAAACAACAAGACAACUGGGCAAUGGGGUGUUUGAUCUAUUUUGUUGCGUUUGGAGAGCAUCCAUUUGAUGGAUCAGCGCUGGCAAUUAUCAACGGAAAGUACAAGAAGCCACCACCGGUUCAGCAAAACCAGUUAUCAGCGUUUGCAGAUUUAAUUGCAAAGUGUCUGACACCCAAUCCGGAUGAACGAAUUACUGCUGCAAAAAUUGAGGAAUACAUGAAACUAGCAAUGCAGAAACAACCAAAACUAGCUGCAAAAACUGAUUUCACGGAUAUACUCGAUCUGAUGAAUGUUCAACCGGUACAAGCGGAGCAAAGUAUCGAAUCGCAAGCUGCAAAAGGAUUCUUUACAAUGCAGGACAAACUAUUUUCCAAUUUGACAUCACUCAAAAAUACAGUUGUACAGCAGACGAAUAAAAUGGGAUGGGGAAUGGAGCCAACAAAUACUACACCACGCCCCGGGCACCCUUCAACAUCUCCGAAGCUUGUGCCAAAAACACAUAGAUCAAAUCAACAGCAAGAGAAAAACGCACCACCGAGACCACCCACAACAGCAAGCCCUCGUGCAGCCCCAGUUGCAACAUUCAAAGUUUCAUGGCCGACUGAUAGUUCUCAGAAUGAUUCUGCAAACGAUUGGGGAGACUUUAGUCAAGCACCGCCAGCGGUGAAUGUUUCGAAAAAAGACGUAUUCGAUCCGUUUAGCGAGUCAGCAUCACACAAUUUGUCUGCAAAACAUAGCGAAGAUCUGUUAUCCUUACAGAAUUGGCCAGGAACUGCUGAGCACAAACCAGAGGUACGAUCCCAAUCUUCACGAGACUUGUUUGACUUUGACGACCUGAUGCUCCGACACACGACACCUUCCGCCGAAUCUUCUCAAGCUGUUUUACAACCAAUACGCCAAGUGGAGAACAAGAACUUGACCAAAGUCGAUGUUUCAAAAAACGGAAUUGGUUCGUCAUCCUCUUCUGCCAGCCUGGAUGAUAUGGUCAGCGAUAUGAUGAAAAUGUCAACCAAGAAAUAGAUUAAAAUAGUAAAGUAGUUCAAAAAUUAUAGUUAUUUAUCAUAUUUUCACUUUCUUUCCCGUCCUGUGAAUGUUUUGUACGAAUUUUGCCAAUAAUUGAAAGAUGGAAAUGUACUUAUAACGAGUAUCUUCUUCUCUUCAAUACUCAUUUUAUAAAUCUUUCAGAAAAAAAUCCAUCCUCAUUCCUUCAUUUUUUUGUUUCUCUGUAAAUAAAAUGUAUCCUAAAUUAUGCUUACUUCUUAACUUGUACAUCAAAAAAUUCAAAUGUUUUAUCGUCUACGAAAAGUAAUAAAUCAAGAAGAACA